GUGACAUAAUUGUGAGAAUCGUGAAUCGUGACAAUCGAUUUGGGUUGGUGUAAGGCAUUUCAUUAUUCCACGUUAUUUGGAUUUACAGAAAACUAAUAAUAUUCUGUGCGUAAAAAGAAAUAACAAAAGUGUUGUGAUAACUCAUAUUAAAGGCAUUACCAAACAGUGACAAUGGCAGACGCAGCAAUGGAUAACUCUGGUAGACUUAUGAAGAUGGAAGUGGAUUACAGCAACACUUGCGAUACAAAAAUUCCAGAAUGCAAGAAGCUUGCUUUGGAAGACAAGCUACAUGAUGCUUUAGAUCAAUUAUUAGCCUUAGAGAAACUUACCAGAACUGGUGCUGAUAUGACAUCAACGUCAAGAGUUCUUGUAGCCAUUGUUGAAAUCUGCUUAGAAGCAAAGAAUUGGUCAGCACUUAAUGAACAUAUAAUUAUAUUAUCGAAGAGACGCUCCCAACUUAAACAGGCCGUUACAAAGAUGGUUCAAGAAUGUUGUACUUACGUAGACAAAAUGCCUAAUAAAGAAACUAUGGUCAAGUUAAUAGAAACUCUUCGUUCAGUUACAGAAGGAAAGAUAUAUGUGGAAGUGGAAAGAGCAAGACUUACUCAUCGUUUAGCUAAAAUAAAAGAAGCGGAAGGAGACACUACUGGUGCUGCAACUGUAAUGCUUGAAUUACAGGUGGAAACAUAUGGCAGUAUGUCGCGUAGAGAAAAAGCCUCUCUUAUUCUGGAACAAAUGAGACUUUGCUUAGCUAAGCAAGACUUUAUGAGAACGCAAAUUAUUGCGAAGAAAAUUAAUGUUAAGUUCUUCAGCGAUGAGAACGAUGAAGAAACCCAGGCUUUAAAAUUAAAAUAUUACGAUUUAAUGAUGGAAUUGGCUCGUCAUGAAGGUUGGCAUUUGGAAUUGUGCCGACAUAAUCGAGCAGUAUUAGAAACUCCAGCAAUCCGAGAUGAUCCGGAGAAAAGACAUACUGCACUUUCCAGGGCAGUUUUGUAUCUUGUGCUUGCUCCACACGAACCUGAGCAGGCUGAUUUGACUCAUAGAUUACUCGCUGAUAAACUCUUGGAUGAGAUACCCACAUACAAGGAAUUACUGCGUCUGUUUGUAAAUCCCGAAUUGAUAAAAUGGUCGGGAUUGUGCGAAAUUUAUGAAAAAGAUCUGAGAUCAACUGAAGUUUUUUCUUCUUCUACAGAAGAAGGCCGCAAGCGAUGGGCAGAUCUGCGAAACCGUGUUGUGGAACAUAAUAUCAGAAUUAUGGCCAAAUAUUACACCAAGAUUACGUUAACUCGCAUGGCUGAGUUACUAGAUCUUCCGACUGAAGAAACAGAAUCAUGUCUUUGCAAUCUAGUAGAGACUGGAGUAAUCAAUGCGCGUACAGAUCGUCCAGCUGGCGUAGUACGUUUCACCAGUACGCAAGAGCCAGCUGCUCUCUUAGACGCAUGGGCUGCAUCAUUAUCGAAACUGAUGGGUCUUGUCAACCAUACAACGCAUUUAAUUCAUCAGGAAGAAAUGUUAGCUGUGGCGCAAUCUUAAAAUUGAUAUAAAAUGUAUAAUAUAUGCUUGUGUAUAUUACUUAUAUUUCUUACGCAUUUAAAAUUUGCUCUCAUUAAACAUUAACACUACAUUAGCAUUGGUACUACAUCGUUUAUAGAUUUAUUAACUCAACUAACCGUUUAGUUUCAAAUUUUGAUUGCAAAAAUACUGUGUAUUAAAUAUUCCUGUGUACACGUUCCAAUCUAACUAUUAUAUUUGAAUAAUAUCUGUCUUAAAUAUAAUUGAACAUAGAGGUUUUUUUUUAUCAGAGUGUCGUGUAUUACGAAUAAUAUUUUCUACUUUGUCCAUCUAUUUUGAAAGUAGUAUUAUAAUAAACAUAUGAAAAGUA